CCGCAGGGGGCGCUGUUCUGUUCCCGCCAUGGCCGCCGCUGUGUUCUGGGGCUGCGCCGCCAUCGCUUUCGGCCCCGCGGCCGCGCUGCUGCUGCUGACGGUGGCGGCGGAGCCGCUGCGCCUCAUCGUGCUGGUGGCGGGGGCGUUUCUGUGGCUGCUGGCGCUGCUCUUCGCCUCGCUGCUCUGGGCCGUGUCCCUGCGGCUCCGCGGAACCGAGGACGCGGCGCUGCUGCCGCUCGGAGCCGCCGCUGCGGUGCUGCUGCAGGAGCUCUGCAGGUUCGGCUGCUUCAAACUGCUCAGGAGGGCGGAUGAGGGGCUGGCGAUGCUCCGCGGGGAUGGCAGGUCCCCGCUGUCCCUGCGGGAGAUGGCUUACGUGUCCGGGCUCUCCUUCGGCAUCGUCAGCGGCGCCUUCUCCCUCUCCAGCGUCCUGGCGGGCUCUGCGGGGCCGGGCACUGUCGGGAUCCACGGGCACUCCCCGUAUUUCUUCAUCACCUCCGCCUUCCUCACCAUGGCCCUGGUGCUCCUCCACACCUUUUGGGGCGUCAUCUUCUUCCACGCGUGCGAGCGGCGGCGCCCCGGGGGCCUGGGGCUGGUGCUGGGCGGCCACUUGCUCACCUCGGGGCUGAGCUUCCUGAACCCGUGGUACGAGGCCAGCCUGGUUCCCAUCCUCAUCCUCACGCUCUGCACCGGCCUCUGCGCCUUCAGCACCGCCGGCGGCUCCUUCCACAACCUCCUCCAGUGCCUCUCCUGUAAGCAGCAGCCCCAGGGCCGGGUCGUGCUUUACUCAGCGCUGCCGGUGCCUCCUGAGSAGUGAGGAACCACAACCCCACAAAUGGAUGUUCUGACAGUGCCUUCACCCCUCCUGCUCCGGGGGAUUUGUGUCUGACCCCCCACUGUUCCUGGGGGCCUUCAGGGCCAGGAGAGUUUGGGUUCUGGUGCUCCUGAGAUAUUCGGGGUCUGACCGGUGCUUCCAGGGGGUUUGGGUCUGAUCAUCAUCCCCUUUUGUUUGUUUCCAGAUUCUGUUACACUUUUCCCUCAGUCUGAGGGGGAGGGCAGGGUGGGCAGAUGCCCU